AGGAUAUCGACGACUACGAGAAGUGGAUACUGUAUAACAGCCCUAAUAUGGCUGAUGUACUCAAUGAGUUUCAUUCAGUACACGUCGACCCGGAGUUCCUGUUGUCUGAAUUACCAUUACUUCAGCCCCGAUAUUACUCAAUAAGCAGUUCCCAAAAGGUCACUCCGGAUGAAGUGCAGCUCACAAUGGAUUUAGUCUCCUAUCAUAUUCACGACGGAAUGGGACCAAAACGGUUUGGCAUUUGCAGCAGUUUUAUUAAUAGUUUCCCAAAUGUCGACAUUCCCUGCUAUUUGAGAAGCGCUCCGGCGUUCAGAUUACCCGACAAUAAGAAAGUGCCGAUUAUUAUGAUCGGCGCCGGCAGUGGUAUCGCUCCCUUCAGAGGCUUUUGGCUUCAAAGACAGGCAGACCUACAGAAUGGAGAGGAGAGCGGAAAAAUGUUUCUGUUCUUCGGCUGUCGUAACUCACAAACAGACAGUAUAUACGGCACAGAUCUGGCAGAUAUGGCCAGGAAAGGGGUUCUUCACGAACUCUUCUACGCCUACUCUCAAGAAAAGGGUCACAAAAAGCAAUAUGUGCAAGAUCAAGUGUUCAAACAGAGAUCACUGCUCUAUUGGUUGAUUGUCAACGAAAAGGCACACAUCUAUGUCUGCGGCCAUUCAUUAAUGGCUGACGGCGUGAAGAAGUCGUUCGGCAAAGUGUUUGAAAACGCGGGCAAAAUGAACGAAACCGAAGCUCAAGAAUUGUUGACUCAAGUCAUCAAUGAUGGCCGCUAUCACGAGGAUGUCUUCGGAUUAUUGCACCGAUGAUCACAUCUUA